ACAUAAAUAAAUAUAUAAAAUACAUCAUCAAAACCCUAUAAAAUAUGGUCAUAUACUAAAUUUCAACAUCAACAUACAUCUUUUUUUUAUGUUCCUAUAAGUGGAUCCAUUUAUGAACGUUAAAUAUAUAAGUGGGGCUAGAAAUUGUGUAGUCCAGCAGGUUCCCUUUCAGCAGAAAUGAACACAAAUUAAUAUAUAUAGAGUGGGAGAAAAGAAUUCAAGAAGAAAAAGGAAAUAAAUUGAGGUGGAUGCCAUGGGAAGCAGUUAUUGUUGGUUAAGUUUGUUGUUGCUGAGUUCUGCAAUUCUUAAUAUUUAUUUUGUGAGUAAUUCAUAUAUUGAGGGGAAGGGGAAGGUGAAGGUGAAGGUUGGUUGGAGUGAAGAAGCUGCAGCAAAAGCAGAAGAAGUUGCAUCAAUUAAUUGUUCAAAUCAUGGAAGAGCUUAUUUGGAUGGAGUGAUUAGUGAAGAAGAUGGGAAGCCUGUUUGUGAGUGCAACACUUGCUAUGGAGGCUCUGAUUGCUCACUUCUAUCACCCAACUGUGCUGCUAAUGCUGACAGUGGUGAUCCACUAUUCUUGGAGCCGUUUUGGAUGCAGCAUGCAGCUAGCAGUGGUGUUGUUGUUGCAGGAUGGCACAGAAUGAGCUACGUUUUCCCCGACUCCACCUACAUCUCCCAACAGCUCGAGACCCACAUCCGACUCAUCCACCGUCUCACCCGAAACGCCCUAACCCAUGGCAAACGCAUCAUCUUUGGUGGUGGAUCCACACAGCUCCUCAAUGCAGCCCUCUACGCCCUCUCCGCCAACCUCUCCUCCCCUGCAAGUGUCGUUGCAGCCGUCCCUUUCUACCCGCUUUACAAGCAACAGGCAGAUUUCUUCCAGAACAACAACUACAAGUUUCAAGGGGACGCCUGGCUGAUGAGGAACUCAAAUUCGAACGUGAUCGAGUUCGUCACCUCCCCCAACAAUCCAGAUGGGAAUCUAAGGGAGCCUGUCUGCAAAGGACCUUCUGCCAGACCUAUUUAUGAUCAUGCCUAUUAUUGGCCUCAUUUUUCAGCAAUUCCUUCCCCUUCUGAUGAAGAUAUCAUGAUCUUUACCAUGUCUAAGCUCACCGGUCACGCUGGAAGCAGACUCGGAUGGGCUUUCGUGAAAGAUGAGGAAAUAUACACAAAGAUGCAGAUGUACAUAACGGUAGCAGAAAUGGGAAUCUCGAGAGAGGCUCAGGUAAGAGCUCUGCAGCUUAUGAAAACAAUUCUUCAUGGAGAUGGCAAGGAUCUCUUCAAUUACGCAUUCGAGAAGAUGAGCGAUCGUUGGGGGAAAGUGAGGCAGAUUUUCUCCAAGUCGAAGCGUUUCUCCAUUCAAGAAAUCCCACCAUUGUACUGCAACUUCUUUGAGAGAGUGAGGGGAGCAUCUCCAGGUUAUGCAUGGGUGAAAUGUGAAAGAGAAGAAGACAUAGAUUGCAGCGGUGUUCUCCUGGCAGCAAACAUCAUCGGGCGGGAAGGUAGCAGGUUCAACAGCGACGACCGUCACGUUCGUCUCAGCCUGCUCAAGUCCAACGACGACUUCAAUUUACUCAUCAAUCGUCUCCACAAAUUAGUGGAUCAGGAACAAGCCGUCUCAAGCUUCUAAGGAUCAAUCUCCGAGUUGAUCCUCAUUUAUAUAGAAAAUAUAAUUCAAAAUUUCUAUUGUUAGCAUAAGAGGGAAAUGGAGAUGUAUUGUUAAUCCUGUGUUAAGGGUGGUUGGUUGUGUUUCCUAUAAAUUAUUCAACUUUAAAGUAAUGUAAUUGCCUUGCUUCUCGUGUUCAAUGUAUCAAAUUAGGAUUCCACA